GAUUCAGAAGAAACCCUAAAAAUGCAGAACGAAGAAGGCCAAAUCACCGAACUCUACAUUCCUAGAAAAUGUUCUGCUACAAAUCGAUUGAUUACUGCCAAGGAUCACGCUUCAGUUCAGAUUAACGUUGGUCAUUUGGAUGAAAGCGGUGUCUACAAUGGUCAAUUUUCCACUUUUGCCCUUUGUGGCUUCACUCGCGCACAGGGAGAUGCUGACAGUGGAAUUGAUCGCUUAUGGCAGAAAAAGAAAGCUGAAAUUAAGCAAUAGAUGUCAUGACCACAUCUUUCUUUAUUAUGUGCUGAGUUUAAUUUUUGCUAGAGAUAUUAUUGGAUCAUUGUGAUCUAUGUAUUGCAAUAUCAUUUUUGAAUUUCUUUUUGGUACCUUCAACUGAAGUUGCUCUCUUAUUAAUUGCUUUAAAAUAUAAGUUGCUCUCUUA